CAUAAAGAACCAAUAAUUAUUCAUUUAUUAAUAAUAAAAAUUUAUCUAUUUUAGCCUACACCUUAUUAAAUAUUUUAAAUAAUAAUAAACUGACCAUUAAUAAUAAUUAAUACACGAUAUAUUUAUUUUCAAAUUUUUUCCGCUACCUAAUCAAAGAUGGCGCGAAUAUUUAAAUGCGCGCGCAUAUUGUUACUGUCGUCUUUGUUGUAGAAAAGAAAAAAAAAAAAAUAGUCACUGAGAAAUUAUAAUACGAUAAGUGUUUAAAAGAUAUUCAUCAAUUAAAUAUUUAAUUUUCAUAAUGUAGAAUUUAAAUAAAGUUGAUAAGUUUAAAAAAAUUUAUUGUGUAACAUGAAUUUUUAAAAAUACAAUUUAAUAAUUUUUAAUUUUUUAGUUAACUUUUGUUUUUUUUUUCUUUUUCAAUAUUUUGUACUUUACUCAAUAUUUGUACAUAAAUACAUAUAUAAAUAUAUAUACAUAUACAUGAUUUAAAAAACUCGACACUAUCAUUGUAUUCGAUAUGACAAAUAAUUAAAAAUAAAUAAUUUAUUUAAUCAUUGUUUAUUCAACAAUUCGUAUCAAUCAACGAUGGACAAUAUCGCAGGAGUAUUUAGGGCCAUGUACUGCGGGUUCGUGGACAGUUUGAAAGGAGCAAUAGUACUUUUUUAUAUGGACAAACAAAUAAAUGAACGUAUACUUAAAAAUUCACCUGCUAAAAUUUCGCAGCACGUGAAAAAAGAUGGAUUUAAUAAUUCGCCAGUUAAAUCAAAAGAACCGAGAGAAUCAAAAAUAUUGAAACGAACAAUUCAGUGCUGCGCAUUGAAUGGAGGAGUAUUUUGGGCCAGUAUAUUAAUAUUUGAAUGUGGAUUGCUGCCGUCUUUAAAAUAUUUAUUAACAAUAAUAUUUGGGCACUCGCCGGGAAUGGGAAUGGCCGUAUGGUCCUGGACAAAACCAUUUCUGUCAUUGACAUUCGGCACUGUAUGGGUGCUGCCAUUAUUUUUAUUGAGUCGGAUUGUCAAUAGUCUUUGGUUUCAGGAUAUAGCGGACAGUGCAUACCGACACCGACAAGGCAGACCGUUAUUACUGUCAAGUGUAAGUAAAUUAGUGGCAGAUACAUUAUUCAGUAUCCUGGUGCAGGCGUUAUUUUUGGGGCAAGGUAUGCUCGUGUCUCAAGUACCGCUCCCACCAAUUGGGGAACUUUUAGCUCUCAUCCACAUGUGCCUUUUGUAUGCUCUCUAUGCCUUUGAAUACAAAUGGUUCAACAUGGGAUGGGAAUUACACCGUAGACUUACAUUUAUUGAGGGUAAUUGGCCCUAUUUUGUCGGCUUUGGAUUACCAUUAGCUGUAUUAACUCAAUUACCUAAUUCUUACGUAAUAAGUGGCUGUGUAUUUUCAAUUUUAUUUCCAUUAUUUAUUGUAAGUGGAAAUGAAGCUCAACCUGUCACUGGUGUAUGUGACUGCCCAUUAAAAUUAUUUUCGCCGGUCAUUGCAAUAGCCAACACACUAUUCAAUAAAACAAUCGGACCUGUGAAUCGUCGAUGACCUUCACUACGAAAUAGAUAAAUCCUUAAUUAUUUACAAUUAAUUAUUAAUUACUAUUAAUCGCCGCAAUGUAAAUAAAGUCGAUUUAAUACAAUAGCCAUAAAUUUUAUUCCGGAUUGUUUUAUUGUCUUCCGAUUGUUCGAUUUAAUAAAAAUAAUAAUUAUUAUUAUAAUACAUUAAUUCAAUUAAUGUAUAAAAAAUAAUUAAUCGAAAAUACUAGUCACCGAAGACACAAUAAAAUAAAAUAAAAUACUGAAAGCUUAUUAAUUGAACUAAAACGUAAAUCAACAGUUGCCUCACUACUAUUUAAUUAUUAUUAUUAAAUAAAAUUAUUCUGUCAGCUAAUUAAUUUAUUAAUUAAUUAAUAACGACUCAAAUGACAAAGUAAUCUAAUUGUAAAUAAAAUAAUGAUUUAAUUUUUUUUAUACAAAUAGAAAAUUAAUUGCUUUUUACACAAUAAAUGCAAUAAUUAAUAAUAAUUAUAUUGUAUAGAUAAUAUAAUCAUGUUUAUAUACAAAUAUUCAUGG